AAUGUUCUUCAGUUUUUGUUGCAAGCUUUGCUUCACUCUAUCUAGACAAAGACAAUGAUGGAAUAAAAAUGCAACCAAACACAUUCGUGGUCUCUGGGUUUUUUGAUUCUUGUGAAGCUGAAACUUGAAUAAUUUUUGGUUUUAGCUUCCCAAUGUUCCCUUUGAAAUUCUCUCCUUCUUCUUCAUGUCUGACUAUUCUUCCUUUUCUGCCCUUUUGGGUGGGUAAAAAUUACAUUUCUUUUUCACUUUCUGUGGUUUUGAUUCAGGAAAACUCUGGAUGGUGCAUUUACACACUGUAAAAAAACUAAUAAAAUUAUCUGCUUUGGGAUUUUUGUGCAGAGAUAGAAGUGGACCACAUUAAUGGAAAGAAGUUAUCAGAUAUGAAAACGAAUGGUUGAGACUUGAGACUGACAAUUUUUGUAAAUUUGGAGAACUUUCAGUGAAAUUGAAGAGAAGAAUAUGGAACCAUUUGGGCAGAAAUCUCUGGAGAAGGUGGUGUCACAGAGAGCUCUGCAAAUGGGUAGUUCUUUUCCAUGCCAAAUUUGUGUGGUGGGUUUUCUCUGUGGAGUCUGUCUCACCUCUUUGUUUCUUGCUGCUCUUACUUCAAUUGGGACUUUUGAGUUUAGUGGGAUUUCAUUUUCUGCCAUUUCACUGGGAAAUUCACUACCAAGGAAUUCAAGUCAUGAAACUAUCAACUCUAAACUCGAAGUAAUGGAAACCGAGAGAAUUGAUGAUCCGCAAAGAAGUACAAAUGGGGUCAAUGAUGAGAGUGUUUCAUUUUUGCAUUCAGCUUGGAGUGCAUCAUUAUCUGAAACAGUAGAUGGAGAAAGUGAACUCUUGCAGAGGCUCGGACUGAGCAGGUCUUCUGUACCUAAUGCCCCUCAUUUAGAGAAUUGUAAAUUGAAUGCAAAAAUAAAUCAUCGGCUUGACAAGCGAGAGGGGAAUGAGACCUUCCCUCCUUGGACGACAUGGAAGGGGUUACUAGACGUGCACCCAGCAUCCACAGCCAAUGAGCAGCUAAGGCACUUUAGGCAUCAAGCUAUAUCAGAAGGUGCUUAUCCUCCCUGGAUUACAGGAUCAGAUGAAGACAAUUACCCGCUUACUAGGAAAGUGCAACGUGACAUAUGGAUCCAUCAGCAUCCACUAAACUGCAGGGAUCCUAAUGUAAGAUUUCUUGCUGCUGACUGGGAAAGGUUACCUGGCUUUGGCAUUGGAGCUCAGCUAGCUGGAAUGUGUGGACUUCUUGCUAUUGCAAUAAAAGAGAAAAGAGUCCUUGUUACGAACUACUAUAAUCGGGCCGACCAUGAUGGCUGUAAGGGUUCUGCUCGGUCUAGUUGGUCCUGCUACUUCCUUCCAGAAACAUCCCAGGAAUGCCGAGAUCGUGCUUUUGAGCUUAUUAGCAAUGAAGAAGCGUUGGGAAAUGGAACCAUAACUACAAAAGACAACUAUAAUUCAAAGGAAAUAUGGGCUGGACGAACUCCCAGGAUAUGGGGUGAUCCUUGGAGUUAUUUGCAGCCAACAACAGAAAUAAAUGGAAGUUUGCUCACUUUUCAUCGUAAGAUGGACCGUAGGUGGUGGAGAGCACAGGCAAUACGAUACUUGAUGAGAUUUCAAACCGAGUAUACAUGUGGCUUGAUGAAUGUUGCCCGUAAUGCUGCAUUCGGGAGGGAAGUUGCGAAGAUGGUUCUUGAAAGUCUUGGCGACGAAUGGCGAAAGGAAGUCAGGAACAAGCCAAGGUCAGAUAUUCAAGAAUUUGUGUGGUCAAACCACAAACCAUGGAUUCCUAGGCCAAUGCUAAGCAUGCAUGUAAGAAUGGGAGACAAGGCAUGUGAAAUGAAGGUGGUUGAAUUUGAAGAGUACAUGCAGCUUGCGGACAGUAUCAGACGACGUUUUCCACAUCUCAAUAGCAUUUGGCUAUCAACUGAAAUGCUGGAGGUUAUCAAUAAAUCAAAACUCUACAGCAACUGGAAGUUCUAUUACACCAAUGUGACGCGCCAAGUAGGAAACAUGACAAUGGCCGCAUACGAGGCGAGUCUAGGUAGGCAAACCAGCACAAACUAUCCACUUGUUAAUUUCUUGAUGGCCACAGAAGCUGAUUUUUUCAUAGGAGCUUUGGGUUCGACAUGGUGCUUUCUCAUAGAUGGCAUGAGAAAUACUGGAGGGAAAGUAAUGGCUGGUUACCUGAGUGUUAACAAAGAUAGAUUCUGGUAGAGUUCUGUCACAAAUUUCAAGUAAAUACGCAUGUAAAUCGGAAUAUGAUUGUAGCUGUGUAAAUAAGCAAUCCAAUUUUGUACUCAUGUAUCUCUGAUGCAUUCUUUCAAUGGACGCAAAGCUUAAUACCAAAA